CUAGAUGGCCCCCCAGCCUCGAAUUCACGUCACCGUCUCCGUGGCUCUCCUAGUCCAGCCCGUCAUCUCAUCACAGGACAUCCAGCUAGCAGAAUAGGGCGACCCACGACACCUCAAAGGCGUCCGCUGCCGGUUCCACGAGGCCCCAGUGCAUUGACACGAAGACCACCUCUUCCGCCGACGAUCAGCUCACGUAGUCAGAGUCUAGAUGGUCUGUUGGACAUGGCAGGAUGUGAGGAAGCUAAUGGAGAACAAUCGACAAGCGAGAGAGCAGCUUCUGAAGUUCCCGACACCGCUCAGAGAAGAGCCAGGGGCGCUGAGACCGAUCGGACAAACAGAAUAUCUCGAAGCUUGGAAGAUCUUCUUGACGAGAAACCAGGCAGCAAGCCUGAGACUGUGGUUGAAGAUGGGAAUUGCAGCAGGAGUCUUGAGAGCCUCCUCCAGGAUCCACCAGAGAGUCCUACCCCUGCCAGUCCCUCGCCAGGGGAGAAGUUCUGCGAGAGUGAAACAAUGGUGGUGGACAACACUUUGAAAAGCAACGAUGACACGGCCUACAACUCCGAAGAGGACAAGUCCUCAACAUCCAGUCGGCAGGGAUCCAUUUCGUCGGAACCGAACAAGAAAACGUUCAUAAACCGCCUGGGGCGGCGCAUGAAGAGCUUGAUCAAGAAGUAGGCCCGACUUGGAGGAGUAUAGUUCUAUAUACCCCUCGUCGAAGUCCCUGGACCACGCGAUGACAGUAUUAGGACCCAUCAGGCUCUUAAGGUGAUGCAAUGGACCUCAUGCCAUUCCCUGCCUUUCAUCAGGAUAUGCUAAUGCUAAUUGAAGUCAAAGAGAUGUGACGUACCUGUAAAUGAUUUUGUGAUUACUCGAUGUGAGCAGCUUAUCGUGUUAGAAUUUUAACCCACACAAUUCUUUUAAUGUCUUUAGAAUUAAUUCAGAGGAGCGCAUAAAUGACUCACUUUUGCACAUACAUUAAUUUUCUCUGCCCAUGAAGGUCUGCCCUUGUGGGUUUUUAUAUGUAGUGUCAACAACUUAUUUAACCAAUAUAACGUACAUAUAAUGCAGGACGUGUAGCCUUAAAUAUACUUAAUAUAUUUCACAAAUCCUAUUUUAUGAACAUUUGUAUUUCCCAACUAUGCUAUAGUAUUACAUUACAGUGCUACAUAAAUCACUUAAGAAAGAUAAUUUCAUGUAGAAUUUAUUGUUCUUUUCGUAAAUAAAGAAUGACGUCGAAAGGUUUUGCAAAACUA